AUGUGGGCGCCACAGACUGUUGCUAAUGGAUCUUCUUCUAUGACCUUCGAUACAUCUCGUGCUGCAUUCAAGGGGGCCCCUAAAGAAUCUGCUGCUUCUCCUUCUUCUCCUGCUUCUCCUGCUGCUGCUGCUGCUGCGGCGGCAGCAGCAGCAGCUGUUCGAGACACCCAUAAAACUUCUCCUCUUGACGGUCUUCUUGCCUUCGAUAGCACAGAGCAGCAGCAACAGCAGCAGCAGCAGCAGCAGCAAUCCUUCCGUAUCCAGGAAUCUUCUUCUCUUUAUAAUUCUCCUGUUCUUCCUCCAUAUGGAGGAGGGGGGCCCAUUGGGGCCCCCAUUGGGGCCCCCUUAGGGACCCGCAUAGAGCAGCAUCAGUUCAACACACCUUCUCCCCCUUUAGCGGCAGAUCGUCAGCAGCAACAGCAGCAACAGCAGCAACAGCAGCAGCUGCUGCAGCAGGAGCUAGAUCAAGAUGAUUGUUGGGGGGAUUGGAGUGCCCCCCCUGUACAGGAGCAGCAGCAGCAGCAGCAGCAGCAACAGGGGCCCCCCACCCCCCCUCCUUCUCUUAACUCUAGUCAGACAGCAGCAGCACCAAGUGCAGCAGCAUCCGAGCAGCAGGAGACACAGCAGCAGCAGCAGCAGCAAGAUGCUCAGCUGCUGCUGCAGCAGGAAGCAGGUGAUGUUAGCCCGUUGCAGCAACGAUCUGCAACAGCAGAUGCAUGCACACCUGAAGCAGCAUCUACACCGAAGGAGCAGCAGCAGCAGCAGCAGCAGGGGAAGCAGCAGCAAGAGCUGCUUUUCGAAGACACGUGGCCAAUGCAGCAGCCGCAGCAGCAGCAGCAGCAUAGUCCUGCUGCUGCUGCAGCAGCAGCAGCAGCAGUUUUAUCUCCUCGUGAUGGUGUCUGCGGGGAGCCUUUUGCUGGCGCAGCAGCAACAGAUGCAGCAACGCAUGCAGCAACUGAUGCAGCAGCGCAUGCAGCAGCGCAUGCAGCAGCGCAUGCAGCAACGCAUGCAAGUUUUGCGAGUCCUGCUGCUGCUUCCUCUUGGAGGCAUUUAGCUGAUGAUGCUGAACCCUCGGGGGCCCCCGGGGGGUCCACAGGGGCCCCUGGGGGGGCCCAGGGUGACAAUCUUCCCCUUGACUUGUUUAGUGCAGCAGCACCAUCGAGGGCAACAGAUUCGCCAGCAGCAGCAGCAGCAGGAGGUGCAGCAGCAGGAGAUGACGAGACACCUGAGGUGCCUAGACAUCUGUCUCCUGCAGCAGCAACAAGCCCUGCUGCUGCUGUGGGUCCUCAAGGUCUUUGGCAUCCUCCACAGCAUGAGCAUGCAGCAGCAGCAACAGCAGCAACAGCAGCAGCAACAGCAGCAACAGCAGCAGCAGCAGCAGGAUCACAUCUAUUGAGUGUAGGGGUAAGAACAGAAGGUUGUGACUAUGAUGAUAGAAAUCUAUCACCAAGACACGUGCUGCAGGAUACACACAACGGCAGCAGCAGCAGCAGCAGCAGCAGUAGUAGUAGUAGAAGUUACAGCAACAGCAGCAGCAACAGCAGCAGCAGCAGCAGCAGGCCUCUCCCUCUACGAACAAUUAGCAGCAAAGAUAGUGCAUGCGCUUCCUUUGAUGACUUUCCUCCUUGCCGUAGCUCAAGUGAUCUAACCUCUGCCUUCUCUCCUCCUGAGCAGCCACCUACACCUGAUGCUGCUGCUGCUGCUGCUGCUGCUGGUGUUGCUGCUGGUGGUGGUGGUGAUGCUGCUGCUGUUUCUCCAAGAACAGCAGCAACAGCAGCAGCAGCAGCGGAGGAAGGGGGGAAUCAUGAUUCCUCAGGACAGCAGGACGAGAAACAGCCAAAGCAGCAGCAGCUGCUGCAGCAGGAAAACCUCUCGCCACGAGCAUCAGCAGCAGAGGCAGCAGCAAGAGCAGCAGCAGCUGCUGCUGCUGCUGCAGCAGCAAGUCGAGCUACCACCUCUGACGGAAGCGAAGCUCCGCGAGAGGCGCAGCAGACACCGCCAGCGUUCGAGUCUGCUGCACCCGUUGCACAGCAGCAGCAGCAGCAGCAGCAGCAGCAGAAGCAACAGCAGCAGCAACAACAGCUGCAGCAGCAGCAACAACAGCAGCAGCAGCAACAGCAGCAGCAGCAGCAGGGUGGUGCUGCCAGUCGGUUGCUGCGUGCUUUGCCUUUUAAUUUUGGUGUUUUACGUGGCGGAGGUCAAAAACAGUCUCCAGCAGCAGCAGCAGCAGCAGCAGCAGCAGCAGGAUCAGCAGCAGCAGCAGCAGCAGCAGCAGAUGGGUCUGCUGGUGUCUCUCAAGCCCCAACAGAGUUUGAGCGUUUGCUGCAUGCAUCAAAAAGCAGCAAGGAGACACCACUAGAUGUGUCUCCUUCGCAGCAACUGUCUCCUCAGCAGCAGCAGCAGCAGCAACAGCAGCAGCAGCAGCAGCAAGUAUCUCCUUCUCGCAUGAGAGGUUCAACUCUUGAUGAUAAUAAAACAGCAGCAACAGCAGCAACAGCAG